GCUUCUGUAACCCCUAAGCUUUCUAAUAACAAAGUUUGGGCUCGUAUUCUUUAUCUUCUCUAGAAAUUAUUCUAACAUAGUAGUAUAUCAUUUAUUAUAUGUGUUAUUUAUAACCAAUAAUUGUUAAGUACAAUAUAAGAGAGCAGUGUAGCAGUAGAGUGUUUCAAAAGGCUGGUGAGCAGAGCAGAGUGAGGUGCAUCAUGGGAGUGUAAACAAUCAGCUGAUAGCUGGGACCCAUCGAUUGGAGGCGUUUUGACGGAUUUACAGUGCUAAGGUAGACCUCAGGAGGGGGAUGGCAGAAUCCAGUGGCCUGGGUGAUCCCCUGGACACCUCUGAGCCACACACAUCUGCCAGGGAAGCUGCCUCUCCUCCAGUAAACACUUUAAGUGAGGCCACGCAGCUUGUUGGCAACCCAACACGCAUCAACAAAUCCACGUCCCUUGUGGAGCAAGAAGGCAUUGCCCACUCAGAGGAUCCACUCCCAACCUCCAUGGAUGACUCUGUAAAGGCUCCUGAAGAGCAGACUUCAUCUAGAAAUGUUGCAGGAGCCCAAUUGUCAGGGGAUGCACGGCAGCCUGAUCUCCCUUCGGGCAUAGAACGAUUGUCCAAACCUUCCCCCUCAGAGCACGUCACUGCAUCCAGUCACUCUGGGGAAAACCCAAGUGAGUCAGCAGGUGCUCCUUCCCCUGCAGGCUCCACGUCAUUGCCAGGCCCAUCUCCCAUAUCACAAGGGCAGUCCUCAACACAAACCUCUGCCUCCAGACCUGUUGCCUCCCAGCCAAGACAGACCUCAGCUGCCUCCACCAGCAGUCCAUCAUCCCAAUCCACACCCUCACCAGAGUCCUCCCCUCCACCACAACCACCGCCUGAGCAGCCGCUGCCACCUCAAGCCGAACCCCCCAACACAGGAAACAACAAUGGGCCUAACCGUAAUAACGGACAGAACCGACCGAACAACAACAAUAAUAACAACAAUAACAACAAUGGAGGCCUUGCCAACGUGAGGGAGCGGCUCUUCCAGGCACUGUUUUUCAGACUGGCAGUGGCUUAUGCCCGCGCCUUCCCACAGCCCAUGAGGAGGCUCAUUGAGUUCACAGUUCUACUAAAGGCCUUAACCUCCCUUUUCCUGCUUGUGUACAUUCACCUGGCCUUCACCCGUGCUCCCAUCACUUGCCUGGACCACGUUCGUGACGACUGGCCCAAGGAAGGCAUCCUGCGUGUCGAGGUCAUCAGAAACCCUAGUGAAGAUUACACAGUGCAGCAGAGCUAUGAGAAGGAAGAGCGAGUACAGCAGAGACAGCUAGAGUUCCUGGGAGCUCUCAGCUCGGAUAUUGACAUGCUCUUUGGAGGACGGGAGUCUCUGGUGAUGGAUGGAGUGAGUGGAGUGGUAGACGCCCACACUGAUGGGACAGAGACAGCCACUGAGGAGGGGGAACAGAAGGAAGAAGAUUAUGAAAAAAACACACCAGAAACAGAUGACCAGCAAGAGGCUCAGUUGGAGUUGGAAGAGGAGGAGGAUGGCCAUCAUGAUGCUGAGGUAGAAAAUCCAGUUGUCACUUCAGAAAACAGCACAAAUGCACAAGAACAGUUUAAUGUCCCAGAGGUCAAGCCUGAAGAGGAAGUAGCUGAGCUAGUAGAUGAUGAUAAUAAUAAUGAUAAUAAUAACAACAAUAAUAAUAAUAAUGAAGACACAUACAAUGCCAGCCUGAGUGAGGAGACCAGUCCACCACUCCAGGAAGACUCUCCUUUACCCAAGAAGGAGCCACUAGAAAUGUUAGCUAAAGCAGUGUGGCCUGAGGAUGAAUACAUAGUAGAGUACUCCCUGGAGUAUGGGUUCCUGCGCCUCUCCCCUGCCACACGACAGAAACUCAACAUUCCUGUCAAGAUUGUCACACUUGAUCCCUUGAAGGAUGCCUGCUUUGGGGAUUCCCUCUCCCGCUUCAUCCUGGAUGAGUUCCUGGGCUAUGAUGACAUCCUGAUGGGCUCCAUCAAGAGUCUUGCUGAAAAGGAGGAAAACAAAGGUUAUCUUCGGAAUGUGGUCACUGGUGAACACUACCGCUUCGUCAGCAUGUGGAUGGGCGGCAGCAACUACCUGGCAGCAGCAUUUGUGAUGAUUGUGUUCACCUUGAGUGUGUCAAUGCUCCUGCGCUACUCACACCACCAGAUCUUUCUCUUCAUUGUUGAUCUCCUGCAGAUGCUGGAGCUGAAUGUAGCCAUCACCUUCCCUGCUGCCCCCAUGCUUACUGUCAUUCUGGCUCUCGUGGGCAUGGAAGCAAUCAUGUCAGAGUUCUUCAACGAUACCUCAACGGCCUUUUACAUCAUUGUGCUGGUGUGGGUGUGUGACCAGUACGAAGCCAUCUGCUGCCACACCGCCAUCACUCGCAGACAUUGGCUGCGGUUCUUCUACCUUUACCACUUCGCAUUCUAUGCCUACCAUUACCGCUUCAAUGGACAGUACUCUUGGCUCGCCCUCAUGACCUCCUGGCUCUUCAUUCUGCACUCCAUGCUGUAUUUCUUCCACCACUACGAGCUGCCAGCCAUCCUGCAGCAGGCACAGAUCCAGCAGUUGGGACGAGUGCACACUGUCAACAUUGUCCUUCGUAAUGUUCCAAACAACAACAACAACAACAACCAGAACACAGCCAAUAAUCCAGGGAAUGCUGGGGGUGGUGAGAACGCUGCAGACGACAGAGGCGGGGCAAAUCCCGGGGCUGCAGGAGCUCGGCCCGGAGGAGGAGCGGCACGGCCCAAUAUGCUCCCAAUGGUGAACUUGGUUUUCCGCAACAUGGCGGCAGGCAUGGGAAACAACAGGAAUGGAAAUACUUCCCUGAGCUUUGUUUUCAGAAAUGUAAGGAAUAUUGUCCAGAGUCUCCAUCAGAAUAAUACAUCAUCUACAACAGCAACCAAUGUUACAACUACCACCACUACAACCACUUCUCAGAGCAACACCACCACCAAUGUGACAGUCUCCAAUUCUUCUACCUCUCAUGGGAGCAUCACAUCUGAUCAGAUGCCAUCAGUCUCAAGAGUUUUGCAGGCCGGUGCAUCUUCAUCAACAGUGGAAUCAGCACCAACACACAGUGGCUCACUGUCAUCAGUGCAAUCAACAUCUACUUCAGUAGCUUCAGAUUGUGGUGUUGCUGCAAGUUCACAUAAUGUUGCCAACACCAAUCUACUCUCUACCUCAAGUAAGAAAAAUAAUAGGGUUUUGACACCUGAAUUUUCAUCUCAACCAAUGUCAGAUAUUUCUUCUGAACCUUCUAGUAGUAGUCAUUAUGCUUCUUCCAGUUCAUUCUUGCAUAAUCAAAGGCCUUCAGAGAGUAAUGCCUCUCCUCCCCAGGUCAGUAGUCAAGGUUCACCAGAUUACAUGGCAGUGCCAGUGGGGAUGCCAAAACAUUUGUUAAACUCUGAAGAUCAUGAUCGAGUACAAUACUCCAAAUCAUCAGAGUCCAGUGAGAAGUCUUUAAAUAAUCACUACAGUGAGACUCGAAAUAGUGGUAAAUCCACAAGAGAGCCUCAUAAUAACACCUGGUCUUAUGUGGAGGACUCCACGAGUUAUGAUGUACUUCGACCUCCAGAACAGGCGGCAAGGCAAACCUUGGCCCACCAUCAUGUAGAUGAUAGCAGUAGUGAUUAGGAAAGACUUAAUCCAGCCUUUUUACAGAACAUUAUUUUGUUAAUAAGGGAAAUAAUAUAUUUGUUUCCAUGUUUUUAACAUAUGAAAUAUUUUCUAUUGCUUAUAUUUAUUGGAAAUCUGUUGGUGUUGGAUACUGCUCUUGCGUUUCAGUUGUAGUGUUAGACAACGUGCACAGUAGAGGAAUUCCAGACUGGCAGUUAUGAUUUGUUUCCUCUCAAGCUGAGAAUCUAUGCUCACAAUGUGCCAUUGUUACAAGGCUGCCUUUAAUGAUACUUGUGAUAGAUGAGAGUUGGUUGAACAUCACAAAGACCUGAGUUAAGGGGAGAGUUUGACCAAAAAGAAAUGGCUGCUUCAGAUCUGACUACCAGUUAGUAGUAAUGCUCAUUUCUGCAUUUUGUGAAGGCAAAGCUGAGGUGGCUAAUUGUACUAAUAAAAAUGUCUGCCCUUUCACUUUAGACUGUACUGAAAAGUGACUGUACUGAAAAGUGACUUUAUUACUACUUUGUUUGGUAAUCUUAAUGUUGUUCAAUGCAGUUUAUUGUGCAAUGUUCAUCACUGUAAAGAAAUAUCAUGAAGAGGGUGUAAUAACUUCACCCUGAUUGUAGUGGCAAUACUGACAUACUUAAUAAAUUGCCCAUGGCAAGUUCCAUCCUUGUAAUGGGGAACACUUAGUGCCCAUUUAUACCAACUGAAAUGAACCUUAAUUUACAAACAGUGGGAAAAGUUUCUAUCAUAAUUUAAAUAUUUUAAAGCUUAUCUUUAUUUAACACAACAUACUUGAGUAUUGUGAAAAUUGUAAAUUACUGUGAGAAUGACAAAAUAUUUUAUUAGAAAUCUUGUGUAAUUAAUGAAAAUUGCAAAGAAAACUAUAGCCAAUUAAUUUUUUUACUGGAUAAUUAAUGAAAAAUAUUUGGAAAAUUUAUGAAAUUCCCACAACAGGUGUGGAUACCAAAUAAUAGUUUUGACCAUGUUCAAACUCUCCUCAAAGUGAUAUACAUACAAAUUUAACAUUAAGAAUAUUUUUCUUAAUUGGAUAACACUUGGUGAUAUCAAGGGGUAAUUUUCUAUAAUUUAUGACGCUUCUGUUAAUUUAGAGAGAAAAUUUAUAUGCAAUUCUGUUGAUAGAUUUUGGCAGAUAUGCAAUAAAAUUAUAAAAGUCA